AUGGCCGACAAGUAUCUUGAGGACAUCGAAGCCACUCAGAUUGAGUCCAACUUCGAUGAGAUCACUGAAAGCUUCGACGCCAUGACCCUUGAGAGUAAUAGUCUGCGCGGAGUCUAUGCAUAUGGCUUCGAAAAUCCUUCUGCUAUCCAGCGGCGUGCAAUGAUGCCUAUGAUUAAAGGUCACGAUGUUAUCGCACAAGCGCAGUCUAAAACCGGAAAGACCGCCGCUUUCUGUAUCUCUAUUCUGCAGAGAAUUGACCCCAGCGUGAAGGCUUGCCAGGCUCUGGUCCUCGCACCGUCGCGUGAGCUGGCGCAGGAGAUUCAUAAGGUCAUAUCUGCUAUCGGUGACUUUAUGAACAUAUCCUCCUACGCCUGGAAAGGCCCCUUGACAGAAGAUAUUGAAGUGCUCAAGGACGGCCCGCAAGUCGUCAUCGGCACCCCCGGCCGUAUCCAGAAUAUGAUCCAGCGCGGCGUCCUUCGCAUCGAUAACACGAAGAUGUUUGUGCUCGACGAUGCUGACGAAAUGGUGUCUCGCGGUUUCGAUGAGCAGGUCCAAGAUACUUUCUCGCUCUUACCACAGUCUACACAGGUCAUUAUCGUCUCUGCUACUAUGCCCGAAGAUGUCCUCGCGAUUAUUACCAAGUUCAUGCGCAACUUCGUCCGUAUUAUCGUCAAGGCCAAGCCCAUCCUCGAGGGUAUCAAGCAUUUCUAUAUCACUGCUGAGAAUGAAGAUUCUAAGCUAGAUUUGCUUUCUCAGAUAUAUGACACUAUGGGGAUCUUCCAAACAAUUAUCUUCUGCAGUACUCGCAAAAAGCUUGAAUGGCUUACUGAUGAGCUUACGUCUCGCGGCGUUACUGUCUCCUCUAUGCAUGGUGAUAUGGACGCGAUCCACCGCUGUGAGAUUAUGGAGGGAUUCCGAUGUGGCUCUUCUCGUAUCCUUAUGGCUACUGACCUCCUCGCCCGUGGCAUUGACAAACAACAGGUAUCGCUUGUUAUCAACUUCGACCUUCCAAAACAGCCCGACAAAUAUAUGCACCGCGUUGGGUGGGGCGGUCGAUCCGGCAGGAAGGGUGUGGUCAUUAACUUGGUUACCACUAACGAGAUGUCCAUAAUUCGGGAAAUCGAGCAGUUCUACGUUACUCAUAUCGAGAUAAUGCCCGAGAACGAGGUCGAAAGUCUGGAAACUAUUAUAUUAAAGUCUGGGUAG